GACAACAGGUAAGACCACCCUCUUUACAAAAUCCUCCAUCAUAGCCAAAUUCCACUCUUGCUACAAACAAGGACACUACAGGACAUCAGGAGACUGGAGGAGGCACAGACACCAUGGCAACUACCUCAACUCAGAAUGUGGAGUUUGUGCGGACCGGCUAUGGCAAGAAUCUGGUCAAGGUGCUGUAUAUCAGACGAGAGGGAACUCACCACUACAUCACUGAGCUGACGGCUAAUGUGGAGCUCACCCUCAAGUCCCGCAAGGACUACUUGACCGGUGACAACUCGGACAUCAUCCCUACUGACACUGUCAAGAACACUGUCCAUGCACUGGCUAAGCUGAAGGGAGUUUUGACCAUAGAGCAGUUCGCCAUGGACAUCAGCAAACAUUUCCUGACAGCUUUCAAUCAUGUGACCAGGGUAAAUGUGAAGAUUGAGGAGGCACCAUGGAGGAGACUGGAGAAGAAUGGUGUCGAGCAUGCACAUGCAUUCAUCUACAGCCCUGAAUCCUGGCGCUUCUGUGAAGUCGAACAGAAUCACAAUGAGAGCCCUAUUCUUCACAGUGGCGUGAAAAACAUGAAGGUGCUGAAGACCACUCAGUCUGGCUUCGAGGGCUUCUUCCGAGACCGCUUCACCACUCUACAGGAGGCCAAGGACAGGUGUUUCUGUACCUCUGUCUACGCCAGGUGGCGCUACAACAAGGUCCAGAAUGUCGACUUUGAUAGCACAUGGAACUCUGUCAAGGAGACAAUAAUUGAGAAGUUUGCUGGCCCAUACGAUCGUGGAGAGUACUCUCCCUCGGUGCAGAAAACCCUCUACGACACACAGGUCAUAGUCCUGGAUAGGGUGCCUGAGAUUGAAGAGAUUGAGAUAGUCAUGCCUAACCAACAUUAUUUCACCAUUGACAUGACGAAAAUGGGUCUCACCAACAACAACGAAGUUCUUCUGCCAUUGGACAAUCCUUCAGGGAACAUCAUGGGCACAGUACGCAGGAAGCCACAAGCAAAGCUAUGAAAAGGAACACAAAGCUACCCAAAAAGACUUUAAUCACAGUGAGAAGAAAACGAUAAUUAAUGUACCAUCGGUUAAGAUCUCUCCAAACAUAGCAUACUGAUCAAUCUACAAGGCUGUGUUCAUUAGGCACCAAACAGAAAGAAAAACAAACUGAAACAGGGAGGACUAACCUGUCCACUUUUUUCUCUGUUGCAAAUGUAUUUCCAUUGCGUGCCCUAAUGAACACUACCCAGGCACAUGUUAAGUGAAGUAAAACAUGUACAAAGCUG